AUAAGACAAAACAUGGUGUCAGACCCUGAUUUAGCUUCGCUCCUCUUUCUACUGAGCGCUGACUGUGAGACGUCCUCUCCUGCCUCUUCCCCUGAAAGCUUGACGACCGGACAGUCUUGCACGACGUUUUAGUUUACGACAGCUACAGCUUAGACGAUCAACAUGGGCCAUUUAUCUGCUCGAGUGCAAGCAAUUGCGCUUUCGUUUACUCGGAGAGAUGCUCCCGAACAGGCCGGGAUUUUUGCAGGAUUAAAUCCUGCUGCGUAUAAUACCACAGAUCCCUUUCCACUAUGGGUAAUACAGACUGUGAUAAUCAUUGGCAUGACCCAACUACUGGCCCUGUUCCUUUCGCGUAUUCGCCAACCCCGAGUGAUUGCUGAGGUCAUAGGAGGCGUUCUUCUUGGUCCCACUGUUAUGGGUCGCAUUCCCAACUUCACCAACACCAUCUUCCCGAAAGACUCCCUCACCAUGCUCACACUCACAAGCACCAUCGGUCUUGUCAUGUUUCUCUUUCUCGUCGGUAUCGAGAUCGACAUGUCUGUCGUCAAGCGGAAUGCUAAGGCGUCUGCGGCGAUAUCGGCCGCUGGCCUCAUCAUUCCCCUUGGAUUGGGCGCCGCCAUCGCUAUUCCGAUCUAUCACGAAUUCACCGACCCUAGUGUCAAUUACGGGUACUUCAUCCUCUUUGUGGCCGUCGCUGUAGGCAUUACGGUAUUCCCAGUUCUGUGUAGGAUUCUCACAGAGACCAAGCUCCUGGACACAACCGUGGGCGUUCUUGUCCUCUCUGCGGGUGUCGGCAACGACGUUGUCGGAUGGAUCCUACUCGCCCUCACCGUUGCCUUAGUCAAUGCAUCCACUGGUCUCGUCGCCCUGUAUGUUCUCCUCACAGGUGUCGGAUUCGCUCUCUUCCUCCUUCUCCCUGUCAAGUGGGCAUACGUCUGGCUUGCUAGGUGGACAGGAAGCUUGGAGACCGGUCAGCCCACGACCAUGAUGACGACCAUUACCCUUGUCAUUGUGGCCAUUUCUGCCUUCUUCACCGAUGUCAUUGGGAUACAUCCUAUAUUUGGUGGAUUCCUAGCCGGUUUGAUCAUCCCCAAGGAGAACGGUUAUGCGAUCUCAUUGGUGGAACGAUUUGAAGAUUUUGUUGGACUACUUCUCCUCCCGCAGUAUUUUGCCCUCUCUGGGCUGAAGACGGAUUUGGGACUUCUGGAUAACGGCAUCACUUGGGGCUAUACUAUUCUUCUCUGCGUCGUCGCAUUCUUCGCCAAGUUCUUGUCAUGCUCUCUGUCCGCGAAAGCAUUCGGCUUCAACCUUCGCGAAUCGGGCGCCGUAGGCACCUUGAUGGCUUGUAAAGGCCUCGUCGAACUUAUCGUCCUCAACGUCGGUUUAUCGGCGAAUAUUCUUAACACAAGAGUCUUCUCCAUGUUCGUGUUGCACGCCCUGGUGCUUACGUUCGUCACCACACCGUUGACACUCUGGAUUUACCCAAUGAGUGCUCGUGGGCUUGCGGUGACUGUUCCUGCCGCCGGCGAUGGGCUGAAAGACGAAGAGGCCAGGAAGAACGCAUCAGAAGAGGCUUUCAAGACGAAAUUCUCCGUUGUUCUCGACAAGCUCGAGCAGCUUUCAUCCGUAAUGACCUUCGCACAGCUUCUCCAGCGGCCCACUACAUCUGCCAUGACCUCUACCGAGAGCCUGUCUUCCGGUGAUGACAAGUCUUCCACCCAAAUCACACCAGCAGUCCCCACCCUCAGCCACUCGAACCUGUCGCGGUCAAGAAAGAUUUCACUCGACGCGCUUCGUCUCGUAGAACUCACCGAAAGAACCUCCGCCCUUCUCAAGUCUCAAGCUAGCGAAAGUAUGCUUCAGCAGGAUCCCGUCCUCUCCAUCUUCCGGACCUUUGCCCGGCUCAAUCGUUUCUCAGAGUCUGGCUCCCUUUCUGUGGUCAGCCAUGACGAAUACGCGAUGAACAUUGCUGAGCACGCCCGUGAGCAUGGAUCCCAGAUGGUUAUCAUCCCAUGGGCGCCGUCUUCUUCGACAACUGCCACCGUGGCCGAGGAUUCAGAACCAGGACCCAGCGUGAAUGCGCCUUAUAACCCCUUCGACAUGAUGUUUAACAGGCAAACUUCAUCGGUGCGCGAUAGAGAUCAAACCACGUCGUCCAUCUACACCGGCUUCGUGCGGAAAGUCUUUGCAAGCAGCCCUACGGACGUCGCGCUGUUUGUGGACCGUGGUAUUUGUGCUGUUGACGAUGGCGCGGAUGCGGACAUCGUACCGCAUGUAUUCUUGCCAUUUUUUGGAGGCCCUGAUGAUCGUCUGGCGCUCACAUUCCUUGUUCAACUGUGUGUCAAUGAGAGUUUGAGGGCUACGGUCGUGAGGUUGAGGAAAACGGAAGGUGAUGAUGAUAGUUCAAUCGCUUCGGUUAAGAAGGCGGAGCAUUCCACUUAUCUUGGAAAUUCGAUUGCCCUCCCGGACACGAUUUACGGCAGGCACGACACGACCACCAAGCUGCAAUCCGACACCGCCGACAACAUCCUCUGGUCUCGCUUGACCUCCCCCACCGCCGCACACAACCCAGAAGUGACCUCCUCCCUCACCCGUAUCUCUCUCUCCGAAGAAUCCACGCCCCGUCCGCUCCACCGCGCCGUCGAGAUCGCCGCCGCCGGAGAAUUUUACACCACCGUGAGCGGCAGGCGGAAUCGCAACGUCGUCGUUAUGCUCGGUCGUUCGAGACGUAUGGCGGUCGAGUCACAUGAGGCGGAGCUGAGGCAGAUUGUGAGUCAGGGAGGGAAUGCGAUUGGGUCGGAGGCGAGGAAGGCGUUGGGGGAUGUGGCUGCUGCGUUUGUUAUGGCGCGGACGAACGCGAGUCUGUUGGUGGUGCAGGCUUGUCAUCAGGCCUGAGUACUCGAUAUCGCUAUUGUUGAGUGCGUAUAUAGUAAUUAGUGAUAACCAGUCCUUUUUGAUUUUUCUUCUUUACGAGACGGGGUGCGCACUGCAAGCCUACGCUUUUUGUAUGAUACGAAUGUUUGCUUUAUGUUGACUUGAUAUAACGAUCUCUCUAUAUCCAAA